GGAGUGAGCUUCGGGCGCGCCUCGCCACGCGCCUUCUGCCCGGCCCGGAGCGGGGCAUGCAGCGGGCGGACCCCGCUAGAGAAGACUUUGCCUCGGAGCUGCGGCUGCUGAGGCUCAGAUGCCGACUGUGAGCAGGUCACCCUAAAGAAUGGCCGAGCCUUCUGGGAACGAGCUGGCGUCCGCGGCUGCCAAGGGGGACCUAGUGCAACUCACUAAUUUGUUGCAAAAGAAUGUAAACGUCAAUGCACAAAAUGGAUUUGGGAGGACUGCGCUGCAGGUGAUGAAGCUCGGCAACCCCGAGAUCGCCCGCAGACUGCUGAUGAGCGGCGCGAACCCCAACCUGAAGGACAGUACCGGCUUCGCCGUCAUUCACGACGUAGCCAGAGCAGGUUUCCUGGACACUUUGCAGACCCUGCUGGAGUUCCACGCCGACGUGAACAUCGAGGACGCGGAAGGCAACCUGCCGCUGCACCUGGCGGCGCAGGAGGGCCACGUGCGGGUGGUGGAGUUCCUGCUGCGGCGCACCCCGAGCCGCGUGGCUCACCAGAACCGCCGCGGCGACACCGCGCUGGACGUGGCCCGGCUGUACCGGCGCAGCGCCGUGGUGCGGCUGAUGGAGGGCGGCCCGCCGCCCGCGGCCGACGCCGACUGAACCGGGCCCCCUCGGACCUUGCGGCUCUCAGCCUCAUUCUUUUUUUUUUUUUUUUUCCUUUUUAAUAACGUUUGGUUCAACCUUACUUCUAUUUUUUUUGUUGUUAUAUUUUUCGAAUAGUUGAUAGCGUGAGUUCAAGAAGUUGUAGAGGUGGGGUUUUAGCUAAGGAAAAGGAUUUCAGUGCACGGUGGCGGCACGUCGCUACCGCCGCCGCUCGCGGGACUCCUAGCCCCGCCGUGCCCACGCCGCCGCUCGCACCGGGCUUCCAGCACCACGCUCUGCAGUGUAUCCCCGCUCAUUACUCAGCCAUUAACUCGAACGCUGCGUAUCCACUGCUUAAUGUUCCCUUUCUGCGCCGGGGGAAGGAAACAGCCCGCGGGGAUUCUUCCCCCUCUCAUCGUCCCCCCCAUCCCCUCGGCUCAGUCCAACUCGCUUUGGGGUCGGGCAGGGAUUGGGAGCGGCCCGGCACAGGGCCCGGGAGCGCCGCUUCGGGCAGCUGCCUCAGUUUGACACUAACAGGAGCUCGUAGGAGUAGGUCGCUCGCUUUCUAAAUGUAGAUGACACUUUUCCCGUUUGUGUAUUUAAACUUUCACCGAGCUGCUUUUGAGUUUAGUUACCAGAAACAACAUAAGUGGCUUUUUUUUUUUUUUUUUUUUUUUUUUUUUUUGGCCAGAGGUUUUGAAGAGCUCAGUUGGGUACUCCGAGCCGAAAAGUACAUUAUUUGCCAGUUUCAAAAUAGCAGAUAACCAUGAGCAGAGGAAGGAACACGGGGAGGCUGCAAAGCUACAGCUCCUCUGGUCCCUGCCUGAGCUGAGUACAGUUUCGAUGCUCUUCGCACUCUCCGUUUUGUUUUGUCUGGGGAAAAAAAAAAAAAAAAAGGAUGAUAGCUGUAUCUUACAAGUGUUUGUAUACAGUGGAAUUUAGGAAGCGACACGUUAGGUACUGGAGAGGUUAUUUUAUUGCCUGCACCUUAUGAGCAAUGUAAUCCCUGAACUGUUUCCCUUGCAGAACAGCCACCAGGGUCCUAAGGCCGAACCCCCCCGUUACGCAGGGAGCAGCGGGAGGGGACGGCGAGCACACCGCGCAAAGCGGGGCCGGCGGACGGGAAGUGCGCUCUGAGCUGCGGGGUCCGAUUGUCAAUGGCACAGGAUGGGAGGGCUUACGUCAGUGUGAAAGGAAUGACUGGCUGCAAAAUAGCUUCUAAAAGAGAAGGGGUGUACAUUGCUUUACAUUUUCUUUCCAAAAAAAAACAAACCCAAGAAGUAUAUACACAGUCCCGCAAAAUGAGUUACCGUUGUUUUCCAGUAUCAAUAAUUUCCUGGAACUGUCCAUUCCGUCGCUGUACUCUCACAACCACUGUGUUCUGCGUUCUCUGAUUAAAAACCUCUGUGCAUCGCAAA